UUCGCCCCAUCCGACCCUUUUCGCUUCUCUUUUUCUUUCGACGGAAUUGCGCCAUCGAUUUAUUUGUGGAUCCCAAUCAUUGCGACUCGCUUCGUGGUGUCUUUGCUCCUCUAGGGUUGGGCGUCUUGGGGACGGAGGACUCGCUCGGCUGGAUUUGUGAUCGAUUGCUUAGAUGGACCGCCGUGCUCUUCUCUCGCCGUGGAGAUCGAAACGCCUCAUAUGUGGCGUGAGCAAAAUCCUCGAUUGUUAGGGACACCGGUGCCUUUUCUUGAUUCGAUUCUGCGGCCUUGCUUUUGGUCGCUGUACAAGAUUGCUUUUUUGCCUUUUUUUUUCUUGUGUAAAUUUCGUGAUUGAUGUAACCAUUUGUCGUCUUUCCUCGCAUCGUAGCCUAAGGUUUUCCAAGAACUAUGCCAAUCUUCUUCUUGAUCUUUGAUUUCCAGGCUUUCCUUUGUGCGGUGCUGGUAGAAAUCCUUUCUUUCUGUGGUUGAUGGCCACUGAGUGCGUUCUCGAAAUUGGUGAUUCUUAAAGUGUAAGCGAACGGAUCAGUGAAGUGCCCUCUCGCAUCUCAGGAAUUGACCGCCGCUUGAUUGCGUAUAAUCUUUCUGCGUCACUCUUGACGAUGGAAGAAGGGGACCUCGAUUUCUCCAAUCCUGAGGUCUUCUCUGGCCCGAACGCUGGUGACCUUCCAAGCGGCUGCUCGAUGGAUAGUGUUUUCGACAACAUCUUCAACGACAGCCAGCAGCAUACAUGCACACACACCCACACUUGCAACCCUCCGGGUCCCGAUCUCUCACACACCCACACCUGCUUCCAUGUCCACACCAAAAUUCUCUCAGCUCCCGCGGAUGAGACUGCUGAGUCUGCAGGGAAGAGCUCUCCAACGAAGAAAAGGUCAUGCGGCAAUAGAGAAGCCGUUCGCAAGUAUAGGGAGAAGAAGAAGGCCCAUGCGGCAUCCCUGGAGGAAGAGGUGGCUCAACUAAGAGCGAUUAACCAGCAACUCAUGAAGAGACUUCAGAGCCAAGCUGCUCUUGAAGCUGAGGUUGCGAGGCUUAGAUGCUUGCUUGUGGAUCUAAGGGGGAGGAUUGAGGGAGAGAUCGGAUCUUUUCCAUAUCAGAGGACUGUGAAAGGGAGUGGAGAUUUUGUUUCUAAUGUGAGCCAGGCCAACAUGCUGGGUGAUGCUGAGGUUCUAAACUCAUGUGGUUUCCGUUGUGAUGAUCAGGUAUCGUGCCUUUACCCAGGGAUGCAAGGGAGGAACGUUGGAGAAAAUGGUGCAUUUAAUGGCCAGGGUGUUCAAGCCUGUGAGAUUGGUAAUAUUCAGUGCAUGGGGAGUUCGACUUCUGGAUAUAAGGACUGCUUUGGCUGCGGAAAUGGGGCUGCAACACCUGUUGACUGCUCAUCUAAUGCCAAAAAGAUAGGCGAAAGUUGAGCUGGCUCCAUAGUAGGACUUGUCAACCUGGCAUAAUUGUCAGCGAGAUAUGUUAUUCAGCAUGCCCAUACUGGUUGACAAAUCAAGAUAAGUAUUUCUCAAUGCUCUAAAUUUGGGUUUUUGAACUAUAUUUGGCAUGUUGUAUAACUUUCUAUGCUGAUAUUCACACCAGGUUGGUAAGUCAAAUAUUGCAUGCAGCCAUAUUAACAUUUGUCAAGGUUUAUGAUUAGAAUUUGACAAUAAGACUAGAUUAAAGCACCAGUUUCAGUUUAUGGAGCUAAUUCCCACAAUUGGAAAAAGGUUUAGGAACCAAAUUAAAAUUUGCCUUAAUGUCUAACUACAAGUGGCAUAGCAGUGUUUUUAAAAACGCUAGGUGCCAAAAGGUACCAAGCUCCUAAAAUGCAUGAGGCACUCACCUAGGCACCCGCUUGAGCGAAGAGAGGCACUUCAGAACAUUAAAAUUUUAAAUCAUAUAUUAUAAUUGAUAAAUAUGAUCAUAAAAAUAAAAAUAACAUAAUAUGGUUUCUAUUGAUGGAGACCUAUGCUAAACAAGUUUCUAAACAGUUCUAAAGAGUGGAUCAAUAUGGUGCAAAAUAGAUCUAACCAGUGCCAAAGAGUGGAUCAGUAUGGUGCUAAAUAGUUCUAUCCAGAGAGUUCUAAAGAGUGGAUCAACAUGGUGCUAAAUAGUUCUAACUGGUGUUAAAGAGUUCUAAAGAGUGGAUCAGAUAUAUUUGGAGGGAGGGGAAGAAGCUGUCGCUGCCAUCGGAGGAAGACCCGUUGCUGCUGUUGGAGGAAGAUGCCGCCAGUGUCGCUGUUGCCGUUGUUCACCGAUGGGAGGAACUCUGCCACCUUGAGAAACGUAGUGGGGAAAAGGAAUUCUGCGUAGGGCACUCACGGGUGGGGUUCUGCGAUGGAUACUUGGUUCGAUCGAACCAGAUAAGUAUUUUGGUUUGACUCAGGUUUGAGUUGAACCAGGCGAGGGCCUAGCCCACCCAACGCUUGGGCCCAGGCGAGUGCCUAGGUCAUGACUAAGUCAAGUCGCUUGCUCAACCCAAUAGGCGGGCGCUUGGGCUUUGCCUCACCUUGCUUGGGUGCUUAGGCAAGCGUUCGGGUGCCCAGUGACUUCACUGUGGUAUAGUGUAUGUGAUUCUAUUUAAUGUGCUAAUGAUGAUCAAGUUUGAGAUGAACACGAAGUUGACUCGAUUAUAUGGCUUGAUCAAGCACUAAGCUGACUGCUAGAUUUUUACAUUUCUAACAAGCUAUCUAAACAAAGAACCUUGAGCUUUUCUCCAGCAUAAAUUAUUUUGCUUGGCUGAGUUUGAACAUGGUAAAGCUCAUUAUAGCAUUAGUGAUCCAAUUGAGAGGAACAUUCAUUAAAAUUGAGAUGCAUUGGCCCAAGUUGCUUGUUUAGAUUCCUUGCUAUCCUCUUAGUUCAGGCAUCUUUUGCGUUUUAGUAUAGUUAUGUUGAACAAAAUAACAUAUCUGAAAAUUUUGUUCAAAGCAUGGGCACUUGGUGUUUAUAGGACAAUGAUUGCUUGUCACUUAUAUGAAAUUAUCAUAGCACCUACUAAUGAUGAAAUGAAGAAAAAUGACUAAGGUGGUUGGAUGAUCUCCGUCUAUCUUCAGGUGACGUAAUUUAGAUUACAGGUGGAAAGAGAUAAGAGAAAGAGGAGGAAGGGAAGAAGGGCAAGUGUUAGCCUUAGGAGGGGAAGAAGAGGUGAGGAUCAAUGAAGGAGAUGAACUACUGAAAUGAGCAGUAACCAUGGGAUGGGCAGGAGAAGAAGAAGAGGGAAGUGGAAGAAAGCAACAAAACUUGAUUAUGGCUAAGAAAUAAAGGAAAAUCAUCACCACGUAAGAUUUAUCAUUCAUUGUUAAAUGAUGAUUUGGAAAGAUGGAAAUUGAUUGAAGCUUGCAUGAAAACUAUAAUUCUUCUAAAAUACUAUAGGUGGAAAUAUAUUUGAGUUUUAAGUUAUGUCUGCCUUGAUUUAA